CCGCGCGCUCUCAGGGGCGGUUGUGCUUUGUUCCCUGCAGAGCGCAAAAGCCGAGCAACAGUGCGGUAUCCUGCUGUCUCCACGCCGAAAACUGCUUCGAAGACUAAAAUGCCUUGCACACGCUCCAAGCAUGCAGCAGCCCAGCCUCCAUCCACCAGGAUGAGUUUGAGGAGCUUCCGCAGUGUCCCCCUGGUUACCAUGGAGACAUCCUCCUCUUCCUCGGACGACAGCUGCGAUAGUUUUGGCUCCGACGGAGGCUUCGCAAACACGAGGGGCAGCUCCCGACUGUCAAAGCGGUUGGUUGACAAGUCAAAGGCUCAGAAGGCCACUGCGGAGGAAAAUGCGUGCACUGGGUUUGAGGAGGAACUCAUCAACACUCGGAUCAAAGCGAUGAAAGUAGAUCCCAAUUCUGAGCCUGCGGGACGUGGCCGUCGGUCCAACCUCUUGAAGGUGGCCUUUGCCUUCCCAACCCGGAAGGCGGGCGCUAAAAGGCCCGCAUCCGAACCCCUCCCUCGACCUCAAGUGCUGGACUCCGAUGAGGACGAGGAGAACUUCAUGACCAAGAGAGCCUUGAAUAUUAAAGAGAACAAAGAAAUGCUCGCUAAACUGAUGGCAGAGCUCAACAAAGUACCAGGACUCUUCCCCAAAACGAUGACCUCUGCAUCCACCAAGACCCAACGUACACCUCGGCGCAACAUGCCCGAAACUUUGAGGAGGAGCUCAGAGCGUCUGUCUCGGCCGCACACUCGCUCUCGCACGCUAGUGGACGGACCGCCCAGCCCGACACCGGAAGAGGAAGAGACGGAAGACAAGUUCAGCCUGGUGCGGCGAAGCCGCUACUACGAAGUAGUGGAUGAGCCGGUUCGUCAACGCUCGUGCAACGGCCCCAAGGCCUUCCCUCACGUGGUGCGACCCGUAGAUGAGGUCACCGAGUACGAGCUUGAGCGCAUUUGCGACAACGUGAGGGAGAAGGUGUACAACAGCGUCAAUGGCACCACUUGCCACCAGUGCCGCCAGAAAACAACCGACACCAAAACCAACUGCCGCAAUCCGGAAUGUGUCGGCGUCCGGGGUCAGUUCUGCGGCCCGUGCCUUCGGAACCGCUACGGGGAAGAAGUGCGGGACGCCCUGCUGGACGCGGACUGGCGCUGCCCGCCGUGCCGGGGCAUCUGUAACUGCAGCUUCUGCCGCGCCCGUGACGGCCACUGCGCCACGGGAGUGCUGGUCUACCUGGCCAAAUAUCACGGCUUUGACAAUGUUCACGCUUACCUGAAAAGCUUGAGGAAGGAGCUGGAACAGAAUAGCGAGUAAUGAGCAGCGAAUGGAGACGCCGAACUGGAAACUUUGACACUUUUGUGCCGUCAGAUUAGGUUUUUCCUUCUUGGGAUUUGCAUUUGAAAUGAAAACUUGAGUUGAUCAGCUGGGAUAAUUCGCAAGUUUUUAUUUUUGUUUUUUUUAAUGGCUUGAUGGCCAUUUCUGGAAUUAACAUUUUUGUCAUUUUUACAGUUCAAAAUACCAAUGCGCAAGUAUUUGCUGUAUUUCAAAGAAAGAUACUUCAUUGUUGGCCAUUUAUUUCAAUCUUUUAUCACCACAGUCCGUUUUGACGGAUGUUUCAUGACCGGUGAUGUCAUUAUCUUGAUUUUAUUUGCAGUUCUCAUCUCGCACUCCAACCCCCCCUCCCAAAAAAUGGCCCUCAGUGAAUCCUAUCGGCUUGUACGCACCUUUGACCUUUUUCAUUUAAGAGCUGGCAAUUAUUCUGUCCGUCACGAUAUUUCCCUAGCUUAGACGGUUAAAGAGGCUAAUUUUUGGUAAAUACAUUCCUGGACCAAUAACAUCAAAUCAUUGUAAAGCUUUAAGAAAUGUGAAUAUUUUCAUGAGCGGAUAUAAAUACUGUUAAUAUUUUCUUACAUAGCUAGAACUGCUGUUUUUUAUGUGAAUGUAGAUUUCACACAGUGGUCUCUAACUUGAACUUUUUUUUUUUUUUAAUUUCUUGUAAAUGUUAAAUGUAAAUGUUCAUGUUAAAAAGUGUUCCAGGUGUGUCCUGUUGGAAGGGCACAGGCCGGGGGUGGGGGGUGGGGGGUCAGGGGUCCACCGCCCGCCCAGAGCUCGAUGUGAUGUACUGUACCGCUCACAUCUCCUUCAUUAGAUAACCGCCGCUAAUGGCGUGGAAACAAUUAGCGCUCUCUAAUGGGAGUCUUGUACCUGUAAAUCAUUUCAUCCUGCGCUCUGGCUCAUUUUCUGCUCACCCUUGUGAUUCUGGACACAUGAUGACUGCUACGGGGAUUAUUUCAUUCGGGGCAGGUGGAGUCAUUUCUGGUUUGAACCCACUGCUUGGAAACAUGUUACUUGAUCUGUAAUUUUAUUUUUUUUAUAAUAUAUAUUAAAGUCAUAAUCCUUGCAGUGAUAAAGUGUCACCUCAGA